AAUAUUGAAAAUAGAUUGAUUUAUAGAGCUAUUUAUUAUGUAUUACUCUCUUUGAGUUGGUCUGAUUCUAUCUAUACAAACCCAUUAACUUCAGGUUACUGUUAAAAAGAAGAAGAAAAAGAAAAACACACAUACAAGAGAACGUAGGGAGAGUAAAAGAAAACAUAUUUUAGUUCCUUAUUCUAAGAACAAUUGAUUUCAAGAACAUCUAAUUUAUAUGUAUAAUGUAUAUGUAUUUUGAGACACAGGUCUUGUCUUGCUCUGACAAAGGCUGAAAUUAAAUCAUAUGUUCUUGUGACCCUAUUGUCCACAUUCCCCUAUUCAGUACAGUAACAUGAGCUUGAUAUAGAAGAUCACGUGUAACAGUUCACCCCUCUUUCUUUACUGAAAGGCUGUUCUUUGCAACGUCUCCCCACUAGAUGGUGCUCAUCAUUACGGCGGCAUCAUGAGUUCAUGAGUGGGUUCUCAAAACUAACUGAUACUCAGACACAAGGCUGCUUAAAUCUGCAGGCACUGACUGUCCGGAGUAAAUCUACACAGAGCCUAGAGAACGGGUUCCAUAUAGAUCCAAGCGUUUUCCAAACAGCAUCAUAGACCUUAGGGGUGAAGUAGUUAGCAGAGUGUAUUUACUUUAAACACAAAGAAACAACCAGGCGAUUGGAUGUUUGGAAGGAAAGUAUUUAUUAUAAUGAUAUAAGGAAUAAAUCACUUUUGUGCGAGCUUGCUGGUGUUGCCAACUUUCAUCACGAUGCAGUUACUUUUACUCGCAGCGGCGUUUCUCUUUACGCACGACCUCACCGGAGCCGCGCGCUCUGAUCAGUGCGCCUCCCGGUGCGACGUGAGCUCAUGUCCGAGCCCCAGCUGUCCCGGCGGAUACGUCCCAGACCGGUGUAACUGCUGCCUGGUGUGUUCACCGCGCGAGGGAGACCCCUGCGGCCGCAAAAACGACCUGCCCUGCGGGGAUGGCCUGGAGUGCAGGCUGCUCUCCGCGGGGAGGCACCGAGGCUCCAGGGGGGUCUGCCGGUGUAAGAUGGAGCAUGAAGUGUGCGGAAGCGACGGGAAAACUUACGGUAAUGUGUGUAAGAUGAGGGCAGCCAGCCGUAAAGCUCAGCAGAAGGGAAGACCAGAGGUUAGCCAAGCGCACAAAGGACCCUGUUCAUCUUCAGGCGCAGGUUUUUCUGUGGUCCAUCCCAGCAGUCCUCGCUACAAGUUCAACUUCAUCGCUGACGUAGUGGAGAAAAUAGCCCCUGCUGUUGUCCACAUCGAGCUGUUCGUAAGACAUCCUCUGUUUGGUCGUCACAUGCGUCUCUCCAGUGGUUCAGGUUUUGUUGUGACCCACACAGGUGUGAUUGUGACCAACGCUCAUGUGAUAACUACAGCUGCCACAGUGACAGGGAGGCCCCAGCUGCGUGUUCAGCUCCAUGAUGGUGAUGCAUACGAGGCUGUGGUCAGAGAUGUAGACAGGAAGGCAGACAUCGCCACAAUCAAGGUCAAUCCUCAGAAGAGGCUUCCUGUGCUGACUCUGGGCCGUUCUGCUGAUCUGAGGCCAGGGGAGUUUGUGGUCGCCAUUGGCAGCCCCUUCGCUCUGCAGAACACUGUCACCACCGGCAUUGUCAGCACAGCGCAGAGAGACGGCAAGGAGCUGGGCAUCAAAGACUCAGACAUGGACUACAUCCAGACUGAUGCUAUUAUUAAUAUCGGGAAUUCCGGAGGACCUCUAGUUAACUUGGAUGGGGAGGUGAUAGGCAUCAACACUCUUAAAGUGACAGCAGGGAUCUCCUUUGCCAUACCCUCAGACAGGAUCAGCCGUUUCCUCACAGAGUCACAAGCCAAACACAGCAAAGGUCAGGGGUCAAAGCUUGAACAGCACAAAGGAAAGACAAACCUGCAAAGAAAACUUAGAGAGGAACCCCAGUCUGAUGCAGAUGAGAAGCGCCGUUUUUUAGGCAUCAGGAUGCUCGCCAUCACCAAAGAUCUCGUAGCAGAGCUAAAACGUCAUAACUCAGACUUUCCUGAUGUCAGCAGUGGAGUGUUGGUGCAACAGGUCAUACCUAACACUGCAGCAGAAAAUGGAGGGAUUAAGGAAGGUGAUGUAAUAGUGAAGCUUAAUGGACAGCCAGUCGAGACCUCUGAAGACAUACAUGAAGUGUUGCAAGGUGACCAGCCGCUCCUGCUGGAGAUUCGCCGGGGCAAUGAUGACUUACUGUUCUACAUCCACCCUCAGGUUAUAGUACAUUAAACAAUAAAACAGUUCAUUUGUUCUAAGUUUAAACAAACGGCAUUAAGGCAUUAAGAUUUCCUUUGGCCGUGGGCAAUCUACUGUAAGGAGUUAUGAAUAAGCUAUAGAAAUAUGAACUGAUGUGAAAUUUUUCAGCUCUUAUUUCUAAUUAUUUAUAAUUAAAACAAGAAAACAGAGCAUAUCAUGUCAACUUGUACUGGUCUGAAGUAUAAUUAGUUUGAUGGAUUUUUCUGAAUGAAGAUUUUUGGGCGGGUUUUAUCACAGACUUUGUGUGUUAUUUGCAGUUGCCACGGUACUCAAAAUACUGCAGAGAAAAUGUAUUGCACUGUACAUUGAGGGAGGCUCAUAGAGUUUCAGAAUAAAGUCUCCAAAGAAGGAUCUGCACAGUGGGUAUUUGUCUGUCCAGUUCGCUCAGCAGCUGUUGUCCAUCUGCACAGGCGGUGGGUUCAGCUCCUUUGUUUAUGUCUUCUCAUCCCACCUCCCUCCUCUCCAACUUGGAAAGAUAUUUUCCUAAUUUAAACAGGCCUGAGCCAACACAUAGACACACAGAGUACACACACACACACUGAGCAAAGUCCUGUUACCGGAAAAGUCACUUUUAUCCUCUCCUGUUUUGGUUAUGGAAAUCCUCAUGCAUAACAUUUUCUGAACCUUGAAGUUAAGGACAGAAAAUCCUUGUGGGACUGCUUUACUGGUGUUUCAGAUAAUCCAAAUGUAGCCUGAAACUAAUGACAAAACUCAGCUUGGUAAAUAAAAUAACAUGCAGUUGUGCAUUGUUGACUUGAAAAAACUAUGUUGUUGGUGGUUUGGGCUGACACUGUCAUGGAAUUAAAGCAUUUAUUUAUUUAUUUA